ACACUUGUCGAGAUAGAUAAGAAAUGGUUAAAUAUCUACAAAGCGUUAACUCAUAUUGAUACAAGAUGGCGCCUCUCUGGAUAUUAACUGUCUUUCUAGUCCUACCACAAACAUCUUUGGCCGCUUACUGCCAUGGUUCUCCAAGUAAAAAUGCCAAGCAGAACUUGAAUCCUAUAUACACAGACGCCCCUCGCUUUGUAAGAUCAGUGGUCAACGGCAAGUUGUAUACUGUGGGGACGGGACAGGACGCCUUUGACAUUGUUCAUGUCUGGGGUAAGCCGUAUGACUGGGGUAAGGCCCAGGGUCAGCUGCUGGGGGAGAAGGCGGUCAAGAUGAUGGACGCUGUGUGGGAGUACCUAGAGGACCAAGUGAUCGAGGCUAUUAAUGGAACUGUUCAUAUAUUCAAACCAUGGUUUCUUAAAGACAUUGCAGAUUUUGGAUUGGAGAGAGCGUUGGAUUUAGAGUUGAGCAUUACCAAGAAGUACUCAGGCUCGUACUUCUAUGAGGAAGCCCAGGGGAUCAGCGACGGGAGCGGUCUGGAUGUACAGAAACUUCUUCGAAUCCACAUGAUUGGAGAACUGACGAAGGGCAGCUGCUCAAUGUUCGGGGCCUGGGGUAGUUCUGUGCCAGACAAAGGUUCCCUCCUUCAGCUCAGAGCGUUAGACUGGAGCGUGGACGGACCUUUUAAGGACUACCCCCAGGUGACCGUGUAUCAUCCAUCUGACCCCAAGGAUGGUCACCCCUUCGCUAACUUUGGUUGGACAGGAUGGUUUGGAUCUAUAACAGGUAUGAGCUCUCAGAAGAUGGCGAUAUCAGAGAUUGGCGUUUCUUUCCCUGACUCCACUUUUGGAACCGAAUCAAGAUUUGGAACACCAUUCACGUUCCUUCUUCGAGACGUUCUGCAGUUUGAUAAAACGCUUGAUGACGCCAUUAACAGAAUUGCUAACACAAGGAGAACGUGUGACCUGAUUUUGGGAGUUGGGGACGCAAAGCUUGGCCAGUUUCGGGGCAUCGAAUAUUCAGCCUCUGUAGCUGACUUUUUUGAUGAUAUCAAUAUGAGACCGGCGGAAGAUUGGCAUCCCAAGAUACCAAAUGUUGUGUACUGGGGUAUGGAUUGGAACUGCCCCGCCUUUAAUGAAGUGUUAGGGAAACAGCUCACAAAACACCACGGAAACAUCACAGUAGAGAACACGAUAAGGGACGUUGUGUCCAUUGUACAAACCGGAAAUCUCCAGGUCGCCGUGUACGACCUGACCAAGAACGUGGCUUACUUAUCGAACGCCAAGGCUUCCUACGAAAGUGGACCGCAAUAUGCAUACGAAAGUAUUCAGUUAACCCUGGCUAAAUAUGGAUCUUUUACCUCUGUCUGUCAAAUGAACCUUCUAAGAGAUGAGGAACGGCGAUUGAUAAAAGGACUCCAUCGAUACAUAGGGGCUACUGAAAAACUAAGUGAAUUAGUGCCUGAAGAUGUUGUAAGUCUGCUGGAGAAAGCAGAGGUAGAACAACAAGUGCUAGAAGACGAAUUUGCAGAGAACCCAUUGAGUUCAUUCCACACUCUGUAUAGAAUUUACCAUGACUGGAAUGAGGUCUUUUGUCACGUUUGGUGCGACGACUGCGAUAAAACCCCUGCCUCCCAAGAUUUUAACAUUACAUUUGGGAUAGCAGAAAGAAAGUUUGGUGGAUGGAUAACGCAGGAGGACUUGCGGGUGGCAGCAAUAAACAUCGUGAAGCUGUAUGAAAUGUAUGACCUAGACGUGAGGGACGUGUUCGAUGGGUAUAUUCAGGACCACGUGGUCACCCCACUUCCGGCGGAAGAGCUAUAUUUCAUCGCGGCCACGGCGGACAAACAGGACAGGAUGAGAAGCGCCGUCGUCUGGUUUGAAGAACUUUACAAGAGAGUUUCUGAGAAUAUGUACCCCGAUUCAACGCUGAAAUUGAUCACGGUAGCCAGGGUCCUAGCGGGUGUAUAUAACAAAAUUGGAAUGCCCCAGAAAUCGAUUGAACUGUUUGAUCAGAUUAACAAUGAAGGUUUGGACAUGAGGCAGUUGAAGAGAGACGUGGAGUACUAUACUCUCCGUUUGAAUGGGCUGCCCCUGGACGAGAGAUCCAAAGACCUCGAUCUCUACAAGAAAACGAAACCGUCCAAAUUCACACAGCUAUGUCGACAGUCUCUGAAGUCAACGAAGGCGGAAUCCAAGUUGAAAUGCUUCUUGAGGGCAUCAGAUCUUCCUUUCUAUUUUACGAAAGAGGAAUUGUUCAACAAGAAUCCCAGGAUUUCCGUAUUUCAUGACGUCAUCACCGAGGACGAUUUGAGACAACUCAGUAAUUGCACUAGUGCAAGGAGAUUGGUGUACACACGAGAGGUCAGCGAAGAGACAGCCAUUAAUAACAAAAAAUUUGGAUUUUACGACGUUGAGCAGUCGGUAGUGAAGAAAUUGAGAAACAGAAUGAGAAAGAUCUUGCAAAUUCCACAACAAGAGGAAAUUGACAUUAAAAGGGGAAACCAAAGAGUUGCCACAUGGAACUAUGUUGUGAGUUAA